AUGUCCGCUGUCAACUCGACCCGGGUCAACGCGCCGCAGGCCUUCGUGUCGAGCUUUGCGCCGCGCAUCCGCACAUAUGGCAACUCGCUGUUGACUCCCGUCGUCCCACAAACCAUCCUCCCUCCCGUGCGCACCACCAAACGAGGCACCACCGCCAUCAACUACGCCGAGGAGUUUGACGAUGAUAGCAUUGACGAGUCGGACGGCCCUCGACGCGCGACAGGCCUGCGCACGGCUCAGCAGCGGCGCGAACCAGACCCGCUGGCGGAGAAGGCCAAAGAGCUGGGCAAGGACAUCUAUGCGCCGGUCGAUGUGCAGGGCAUUUGGCGCGACUGGAUGGGCAAGCCAAAGCGCAUUCUGACAGAGCGACAGAUGCACGUGCAGUCUGCUCUGCCCACCACCCUCAUACCCAUCAAGAUCGACCUUGAGGUCGCGCCCUUCAGGCCUGAAGCCGCGCUGCCUACGCCCAACAACGCCAAAGACUUUGGCAUUGACGAGAACCUGCCCGCGUACAAGGCCCCGGAGCCGACGCCGCCCUAUCGACUCAAGGAUCAGUUCCUCUGGAACCUCCACGAGGCACUGAUCACGCCAGACAUGUUCGCGAAGACUUUCGUGGACGAGCUGGACUUCCCGGUCAUGAGAAAGCAAGCCAUGAUUGUGGAGAUUGCACAGCAAAUACGGCUGCAAUUGGAGGAACAUGCUGCGACUGCACUACACCCGCUCUUCCAACCAGAGGCAGCUAACCCUGCACCGCCCACUACCAAUGCUCCGACGCCGUCGUUGAGGCCUGCAAUGUCACGAGAGCAUUCGUCAACACCUCUGCAAGCAGAAACACCAAACGGCGCCUUUCUGCAGCUGCCACUCACGAAUGGCCACAAUACAUCGUCCGACCCUCCCAGUCCCAUGGCCAACGGCCUAUCGACCUCUGCUUUAGCUGUUACUGCGCAACCAUUGCCCAAGGACCCUUCGGCAUCGUCAGCUCUCAAUCCACCGGACACGCAUCGCUGCAUUAUCACACUGUCAAUCAACCAUCAGAACAAGCUUUACACCGACAAAUUCGAGUGGUCUCUGCUUCACCCUCCAGGAUUCCCGGAAGUGUUUGCUAAGCAGACCUGUGCUGAUCUUGGACUGCCCGGAGAGUGGGUUCCUAACAUGGCCCAUGCUAUCUACGAGGCGAGCUUGCGAUUGAAGAAGGACAUGAUUGACAAUAAUGGCACGUUGGCUGGGGUGGUCGGCAGUGGCGUCGACGGCUGGGGUGUGAUCGAGAAUGAGGCCUGCGAAUAUCAUGGCACCGCAGAAUCGGCACUUGGCGUUGGAGCGGGCUGGAGAUUCGACGAGGACGGACUUGGCGUAGACUGGGAGCCAAAGCUUGAAGUAUUGAGCAAAGACGAGAUCGAGAGGCGAGAAGGAGACCGUGAACGACAGAUCAGACGACAACGGAGAGAAACGGCGCGCUUCACAACCAACUACUCGCUGCAAGCACAGAGCAGUGGUCUGGGAGACUAUUUCUCUGGCGGGCUUGGAGCAUCACAAACGAAUGGCGGGGCGGACGAUGAACGCAUGGGUCGUGGGGAGCGGGCAAAGAAGAAGCGCCGCUUCAGAAGCUUGUCGCCUGCUGGACGGGAGACGCCAGAAGUCGCGGGCUUCGGCGGCACGACGAGUCAGUUGUCUGAAGGGGAGCGGCAAUAUUGGAGCUGUUCACACUGUUGCAUUUGGGGUGCUGCCAUCUGGGGAGUUCGCGAUGGUCCUGCAGGGCCUCGAACUCUCUGCAACAACUGUGGACUACUAUACGAGCGUGACAAGCGACUGCCGCCUUGGAAUCACCGCCUCUUCUACCACGAGAAGAAUCAAGGAUCUCGUGAAGCUCAUAUGCCGCAAUUCGGACCAGGAGCAGCGGCGCCUCCGCCACGUCAAUCGACACAUCUUCAGUCAGACAUUGCUUCAUUCCCGACACUGACACCAACUCAGACGCCUCGAUCACUGCGCGAGGAUCUGAAUCCUUCAUCGCACUUGUACACUGGUGCCUCUUCGGGUGGCCAAGGUCAAAUAAGUGCUUCAACCAUGGCCGAUAUUGUCAACUAUGCAGAACCUGGCGAAGACCUCGACUGGACGAAGAUCACUGAACCACGCGAACGGAAACGAUUACAGAACAUUAUCAAUGGACGAAAAUACCGCGAGCGCAGACUGGCCGCGGAAGGGCAUGGAGGCAGUGGCGGUAAUUAUCCCGGGGCGGCUGGCGUGGGAAGCUUCUUGAGCGCAGGAUAUGGGCAGCGGCAGUCCACCUUGCAGCAAACACCAUCGGCUAUCAGCAUCGACUCACCACAGAAGUGA